GCAGAUUCAAAACUCUGUUUCAGAGGAUUGGAUAGAGCCAUGGCAAGUCUGAUAAUGGCCACACCAUUCCCAGGUUCUAUCACUACAUGUAAGAAGACAAAUAACCUGUCUGUUCAGAGAGCCUUUAGGGUGACAUGUAUGCAGACAGAGAAACCCUUGGAAGAGCUAUACAAUGUUAAAGUGGAACGGAAAGUUUCACAGAAACGGUUGGCGGAACUCGGGGUUUCGAGAUGGUCAGUUUGGAAGACAGGCAAGUGCAAAUUGCCAUGGGAUUGGCAGGUGGAUCAGUUGGUUUACAUUGAAGAAGGAGAGGUUCGAGUUGUUCCCGAAGGAAGCAAGAGGUAUAUGCAGUUUUUAGCUGGAGAUCUUGUUCGGUAUCCGAAAUGGUUGGAAGCUGAUCUUUUCUUUAACGCUCCUUACCGUGAACGGUAUUGUUUCAAGGCCUAUGGUGAUGAUUGAUCGAACUUAGACUUUGAGUUUAGAGCCAAGAAACUUUACACUUGUGUGUUGUUGUAGCCUGAUGGAUCUUUUUGUGAUAAUAUAAGAAAACAAGUUCACUUUUGUUCUGCAUUUUCAAUGCUUCAUCAGUAAACAGAGGCAGCUUCAGGCAUGUUUCAAAGAGAGAUGAAGGAAAGAGAUAAAGAAUCAAAAUGAAAAUUUCCA